AUGAAUGGUAAUCCAAAUGUUGGUCCUGAUUUUUCACAACCGGAACAGAUCCAUCUAUCAUAUGGAGGGGAUGUAACAAAAUUAAUUGUAACAUGGUUAACUUUUGAUGAUACAUUCAAUAGUUAUGUUGAGUAUGGAGAAGAUAUUGAUAAAUUAAAUAAUAUCAUCAAGGCAAAAGUUCAUCUUUUUAAUGAAGGAAAAAAAAGGUAUAUUCAUACAGCUACAAUAGAAAAUAUACAACCAGGAAAAAGAUAUUUUUAUCAUGUUGGUUCUAAAUAUGGAUGGAGUUCUAUAUUUUGGUUUUAUGGAUUACAGGAAAGACCUGAUGGUGGAUAUAGAUAUGCUGUUUUUGGUGAUAUGGGAAAUAUUAAUGCUAGAUCAUUAGGAAAAUUACAGGAGAUGGCUCAGAGACAUGAGAUUGAUGUUGUCUUACAUGUUGGUGAUUUUGCUUACAAUUUUAAUACUAAUAAUGGAGAUUUUGGUGAUCAAUUUUUUAGGCAAAUAGAACCUGUUGCAGCAUACAUUCCAUAUAUGGCAGUUGUUGGUAAUCAUGAAUCAGCAAAUAAUUUUUCACAUUAUGUUAAUAGAUUUACAAUGCCUUCAACUGAUGAUAAUCAUUUCUAUAGUUUUAAUCUUGGUCAUGCUCAUUUUACUGCUUUUAGUACAGAAUUUUAUUUCUAUACUAAUUAUGGAUGGAUGCAAAUUUUUAAUCAAUGGAAAUGGUUAAUUAAUGAUCUUCAUACAGCAAAUGAUAACAGAGAAAAAUAUUCUUGGUUAAUAAGUAUGGGUCAUAGACCAGCUUACUGUUCAACAUGGGAUGGUGAUGAUUGUAGGUAUUUCAAUUCAAUAAUACGUACUGGUCUUCCUAUAACACAUGCAUAUGGGUUAGAGAAAUUAUUUUAUGAAAAUUCUGUUGAUAUUGAAAUUUGGGCACAUGAACAUACAUAUGAAAGGAUGUUUCCCGUUUACAAUAGAACAGUUAUGAAAAAAGGUCCAAAUCCAUAUAUUGAUCCAAUAGCUCCAGUACAUAUAAUAUCAGGAAGUGCUGGAUGUCAAGAGAAUACUGAUACAUUUAUUAAACAACCAGGUCCAUGGAGUGCUUUUAGAAGUAGUGAUUAUGGUUUUAGUGUUAUGCAAAUUUUUAAUAAAACACAUAUUCAUUUUCAACAAUUAUCAGCAGCUGAAGAUAGAAUAAUUGAUGAUUUUUGGGUAGUAAAAAAUAAUAAAGAUGGUUACCAUAGAAAAGGUGCAGCAGAAAAAUUGUUUCGGGAGGGUGAAACAUACCUACCACCAAAAGAAAAUGAUGAAAAAUAA